AAAAUAUGUUUUACCACAUAUCUCUUGAACACGAAAUUCUGCUUCAUCCUCGCUACUUUGGCCCCAAUCUUCUUCAAACCGUAAAACAAAAACUUUUUACAGAAGUUGAAGGAACUUGUACAGGAAAGUACGGCUUUGUUAUUGCUGUUACUACAAUUGAUAAUAUUGGGGCUGGAUAUAUUCAACCUAGUCGUGGGUUUGUUGUUUAUCCAGUUAAAUAUAAAGCUAUCGUUUUUCGUCCAUUUAAAGGAGAGGUUUUAGAUGCAGUUGUUACACAAGUAAAUAAAGCUGGGUUGUUUACUGAAGUUGGACCUUUAUCUUGUUUUAUUUCUCGACAUUCUAUACCUACAGACAUGGAGUUUGAUCCUAACUCAAGUCCUCCGUGUUAUAAAACUCAUGAUGAAGAAGUUGUUAUUCAACAAGACGAUGAAAUUAGGUUAAAAAUAGUAGGAACUCGUGUAGAUGCUAAUGACAUAUUUGCUAUAGGAACUCUUAUGGAUGAUUUCCUUGGACUUGUAAGUUAGCUAAAAAGGGCAACCAAACUAAAAAAUCAAUUUGUUUCUUUAAUAAAUAAAUUUAAGAUUCAUUAUUUCUUUA